AAACUCAGAGCCCAGAGGAGUGUGGUCAACAGAUAAAAUUGAUCCUAGAAUCUCCACGUCUCCCUCAAUGGCACAGACUCCUCCUGCAACAUCUGACCAGGCAUUUCUGUAAACUGUGCCAGAAUGGCAGCAAGAAUCACUUCACACCCAGGAUGCUUGGAGAGGCCUUUAGUGACGUGCUUUUUAAACCAUCCCCAUCAAG